GAAAAAAGAAAAACUCAGAAUGUCCCGAUAGGCAGACAAGAGAUUCUCCUGUUGACAAGAGCUUAUCAAGUACACCCUUCAUCAUGGGGCGAGAUUAUUGAAGAAAUGCAGGGAAAUUUGAAUUUACUGCCAGAAACUGCCAGAGCAUUGUACAACAAUAGUACAAUAAGACAGUUAAGGGAAAGAUUGUCGGCAAAACUGUCGAAACUUAUGAAACAUGGGGACAGUAUUGAGGACAUUGAAAUCAGGCAGGAAGUAGACCGCGUAAGGAAACUAGAGACCAAGAACACCUCCAGACCAACCAUUGGGACUACGAGACCUUCUGUGCUAGAGGCUGGUCCAUCGAAACCAGUAAGGACGCAGAAGAGAAAGGCAGUUGCGAUGGCCCUGUCGUCUUCUUCGGAUGAGGAUAUACUGCCGCCAAUUGUGCAGAAACCAAAAAAAACAAAAAUGUCAAAAGAAAAAAUAAUCAUUAUCAGAAUUGUUGAAGGAAAAUCAGAGAGCGUAUAAUAAAUUCAUCACGAAAAAAAUACCUAAACUACUUAAAGUGUUUGGUGUAUCAGACACUGAUAGUGAUUCGGAAUAAAUUUGUUGGAAAUGAAAUAAAACGCUUGUUGUUUAUUUAAAAAAAAUAUCCACGUGGACAUAACC